UUGGAAUCCGACCACUGUUGUUUAAAUGUCGCACGAUCGUAUCGCCUCGUUAUCCAUUGAACAUUUUAAUCGUCUCCCGAAAAUGGGCAAGCCAAGUGUAAAUACCGAAUGGACUGUACUUUGCUGUAUCGUUAAGGAAAACACGCUCGACGAUAAUUUCGAGGUGGUUUCUCUCGGUACCGGAUCUAAGUGUAUCGGUAAAUCGAAGAUGUCCGCGACCGGCGACGUAUUAAAUGAUUCGCACGCGGAGGUCGUAUGUCGGCGAGCUUUUUUGUGUUACGUUUAUGAACAAAUUAAUCUCGGUACAAGUGAUGUGUUCACUUUGGAAUUGGGAGAGUGCUCUCUUAACAGUUUUAUUAAGUUUCAUUUUUUCACCACGCACGUUCCGUGCGGGGACGCGGCGAUAUUCCCGAAACAGGAUGCGACGGAGUUCGGAACCGUCGUCGCUGAUGAGUACGUGCAUGACGCGAAGAAGCCGAGAUUGGACGAUAUUUAUCGAACCGGGGCCAAGUCCAUUCCAGGUGGUGGCCAAGAUUCACAUUUGCAAGGUGCCGAGUACCAUGCUUUGGGAGUGGUGCGCACUAAACCAGGAAGAGGUGAUCCUACCUUAUCGGUUUCAUGUAGUGAUAAACUAGCCAAAUGGUACCACUUGGGUAUACAGGGCGCUCUUUUAUCGUUACUUUUAGUCCAUCCAAUUUACCUGAGCAGUUUUACAAUUGCGAACGGCACACCUUUCGACGAGAAGUCCUUACUGAGAGCUCUGUACGGACGGUUCGGCGAAGACGCGGAACGUGCCGUAAUUGGCCGGUCGUCGAUCAAUUUCUCGUUUGCGAAGGACGUCUCGAAAAGGCCGUGUCCCGCGAGCAUCGUUUGGUUUAAAUGCUCGACUGGAUCGCACGAAGUCGCCAUCGAGGGACUUAAACAGGGCGUCACGAAGAAAAAUCGACAUGCCAGAAGUGCGCGGCUGCAGAUUUGCAAAAUUGAAAUGUUCAGGCGGUUUCUGACUGCUGCGGAAUUCUUGCGUCUACCCUCGUGUAAGAAUUUCGUAUUUUACGAUGACGCCAAGGCUGACGCGAAGGAUUACCAACGUAAAUGGGCGGCUCUUAAAGUGGACAAAUUCAAAAGUUGGACUUCUAAGGACGGAAAGUUGCAGCACUUUGUGCUAGAUUAAUUGUAUUAUUUAUUAUAAAAAUAAAAUGUUAAGAGAGCAUUAUUAAUGUAUAAUACUGUAUAUAGCAGAGACGUUUUAUAAAA